GAGAAAAGAAAGAAGAGGUUGAAAAUGCAGAGAAGUACCUCACGUAUCAUUUAACUUCCAUAAAUAGGAGGCCAAAAAGUUGAGAGUAGUCAUUCCCAGCACUACAAUUCUCAUAUUAAAACCCUUCUUAAAAGGUUUUCUGCAUUUGAAGGGUCAUUUUGAAGUGUAAAAUGGCAUCAAGUUUAAAGGUAUCUCCUCUAUUGGUGCACCUACGAUCCUCCUCAUGCAACUGGAAGACCUCUUCCUCCAUGCGUCCUUUUACAACCAAAGCUUCAGUCUCUGAAACGACGUCGUUGCCAGCGUCGGAGACGGCCAAGCUCCCGCUGCGCGAAAUCCCCGGAGACUACGGUCUCCCUUUCAUAGGACCCAUCAACGACCGCCUCGACUUUUUCUACAACCAAGGCCGCAACGUCUUCUUCCAAUCCCGCGUCAAGAAGUACAACUCCACCGUCUUCCGCGUCAACAUGCCACCUGGCCCAUUCAUUAGUUCCGACCCAAAAGUCAUCGUUUUGCUUGAUGCCAAAAGCUUCCCCGUCCUCUUCGACGUGACAAAAGUAGAAAAACGUGACCUCUUCACCGGCACCUACAUGCCUUCCCUCGAACUAACCGGCGGUUACCGAAUCCUCUCCUACAUCGACCCCUCCGAACCCAAACACGAAAAACUAAAACGCCUCCUCUUCUUCCUUCUCAAACACCGAAGCAGUCACGUCAUUCCCGAGUUCCAUUCAACCUACACAACCCUCUUCGAAACCCUCGAGAAAGAGCUGGCAGACAAAGGAAAAGCUGCUUUUCAAGAUCCCAGUGACCAAGCAGCGUUUAACUUCCUGGCUCGCGCGCUUUUUGGCACCAACCCCUCCGACACAAAACUCGGAAGCGACGGCCCAGGUAUAAUACAAAGAUGGGUUCUGCUCCAGCUUGGCCCUAUUUUGACAUUGGGCCUUCCCAAAUUCAUUGAAGAUCCCAUUCUUCACACCUUCCCCCUCCCUCCUUUUCUGAUAAAGANCGACUACCAGAGGCUCUACGAUUUCUUNUACGAGUCCGCNGGGGCUGUAUUUGACGAAGCGUCGCGUCUUGGUAUCUCCAAAGAAGAAGCGUGCCACAACCUGUUAUUCGCCACGUGCUUUAACUCGUUUGGCGGAAUGAAAAUUUUAUUCCCCAGCAUGCUGAAGNGGAUUGCCGGUGNGGGCUUGAAACUUCAAGCUCGGCUCGCGGAGGAGGUGAGGGCCGCCGUUAAGGCUAACGGCGGGAAGGUGACGAUGGCGGCGUUGGAAGCGAUGCCGCUGGUGAAGUCGGUGGUGUACGAGGCGUUUCGCAUUGAACCGCCGGUGCCGCUGCAGUAUGGGAGGGCGAAGAGGGACUUGGUGAUCGAGAGUCACGACAAUGCGUUUUCGGUGAAGAAAGGGGAGAUGCUGUUUGGGUAUCAGCCGUUUGCGACUAAGGAUCCGAAGAUAUUUGAAAAUGCAGAGGAGUAUGUGGCUGAUAGGUUCCUGGGGGAGGGAGAGAAGCUGCUGA